AAUCACAAUGUUGUUGAACUACACAAGGCUAUCAUCCCACGGCUGCACGACUCUCCGGGUCUCGCAAAUCAGUCGGCUCGCAAAGACCCCGUUCACCCUGCCGCCACACAGCCCGUCAUAUAACCAGCACCUGGGCCGGUGCCUCCAGCGGCGCUACCAGAGCGUCACACUGCCAUCCCGAGUGCCACCGUCCUCAUCCAAUCGGCCGCUCCUGUUCCUGCGCACACUCCGCGGCCUUCAUCAGGGCAGCAGGCUGUCCAGAAAGCUGACAUUGGCCGAGACAUCGCUACCGCCGUCCAGAGAGAUGGUCCGCUCCCAGUACGGCCGCCUGCUCGGCCUGACCAAGUCGGAGAAAUGGGUGCUGUUAGCGGGCAUUGCGUGUCUGGUGGUUUCCUCGGCCAUUACCAUGUCCGUGCCGAUGUUCCUCGGCCUCACGAUCGAUGUUGUCUUCAAAAAAGGCGGAGAGGGCGUGGACAGCGCUGCACUGGCCAAACUGGGCGAGUACUCAAUGCUGCUCUUUGGCAUCUUCGUGCUUGGCGGCCUGGCCAACUUUGCCCGCGUCUAUCUCUUCGGCAAUGCGUCUCUGCGCAUGGUGCGCCAACUGAGGUCGCGCGUCUACAAGUCCAUGCUGAUGCAGGAGACGGGCUGGUUCGAUACCAAGGGCACGGGCGAACUGAUCAACCGUCUGAGCAACGACACAUACAUGGUGGGCAUCGCGCUCAGCCAGAACGUGUCCGAUGGCCUGCGCUCCCUGGCCAUGAUCGGCGUCGGCUCGGCCAUGAUGAUCUACACCUCGCCCCAGCUGGCGGCCAUGAGUGCUCUGGUGGUGCCGGCCAUGGCCGGGCUGGCCAUUGUCUAUGGACGUUACGUUAGACGCAUCACCAGGAUGGAGCUGGACAUGUACGCGCAGAUAAUGAAGUAUGCCGAAGAGCGAUUUGGCAAUAUAAAGACGGUGAAGACAUUUUGCCGGGAGCAGCAGGAGGCAGCUACUUACGACAGCAAACUGAACGAUGCACUCAAGAUUGGCUACAAGGAGACCCGGGCCAGAUCCAUCUUCUUCGGAUUGACCGGCUUCACGGGGAACUUCAUCAUCAUCACGGUCCUGUACUACGGCGGCACCCUGGUCCUGGAAGGCUCUCUGACCAUCGGCGCCCUGACCGCCUUCAUGCUGUACGCCGGCUACGUUGCCAUCUCAAUGAACGGCCUGUCCAAUUUCUACAGUCAGCUGAACAAGGGCAUUGGCGCCUCAGAGCGCCUCUGGGAGAUCCUCGAUAGAGAGUGCACCAUACCCAUAGACAAGGGCAUUGUGCCGCCGCACAAGCCCAUCGGCAACGUGGGCUUCUCGGGCAUCCACUUCACAUUCCCAUCGCGCCCGGACACACCCGUACUCCACGAUUUCAAUCUAAACCUCAUGCCCGGCCGCACGACCGCGAUCGUGGGUCGCUCUGGAUCGGGCAAGACCACCAUAGCCUUUCUCAUGCUCCGACUGUACGAUCCCCAGGAGGGCGUCAUCACGGUGGAUGGUAUGGAUCUGCGCGAGGUGAAUCCUCAGUGGCUGCGCCACAGUAUCGGUGCCGUAAACCAAGAGCCGGUUCUCUUCUCCGGCACCAUACGCGAUAACAUCUUGUACGGCGUGAAUCCCGGCGAAGAGUCAGUGGAGGAGAAGCUGCAGACAGCCGUCGCGGAGGCGCACGUUAGCGAAUUCACUGACAAUCUGCCCGAUGGCCUCGAGACCGUUGUUGGUCAGCGCGGCAUGAUGCUCAGUGGCGGGCAGAAGCAGCGCGUAGCUAUCGCGAGGGCGUUAAUCAAGAAUCCCACUAUCCUGAUCCUGGACGAAGCCACCAGCGCCCUGGACGCCGUCUCCGAGCAACUGGUGCAGAAUGCCCUCGACAAACUCGUCCAGGGACGCACCGUACUGACAAUUGCCCAUCGGCUAAGCACCAUCCGGAACGCGGAUCAGAUCGCCGUGCUCAGUGGCGGCAAGAUCGUCGAGCUGGGCACCUACGACGAGCUGCUCGGUAUUCACCAGGGCGUCUUCCGCGAACUGGUGGCCAGCCAGACCUUUGGCUCGUCCUAAUGCGGUGGCAUGGUUCUCUUAGGUUAUAUAUACAAUUCGCUGACUUUAGACCUUGGACGAGAUCCACCGCUGGCUGGUGGUGGUGGGCUUUCUGUGUUUAUAAAUCAAACGUUUUAACUUAUUUCGUACAACGCCGGCCUCCCAAUCCUCCUGGCAAGGUGAUUCAUAAAUCAACAGUUUUUAGUUUUGUACCAACUUUGUACAAAAUCACAAUAAUACACCGACUCUCCCCAUUGACCAUUGUUAAA